AUGGUGAUCACCCACAUUACUAAAAGCAGAAAAAAAUCAAGAAGAUGGGGUGACCGACCCAUAAAUCGAAGAAGAGAUGUUCUUGGGGAAUAUGAAACACUGUUCCAAGAAAUGCAAGAUGACGAAGAAUACUUUUUCAAAUACACGAGGAUGAACAAAGAGAUAUACCAACAUUUAUUAGCGAAAGUGACGCCGUAUCUUCUCAAAAGAAGUCGAAGAAAGCCGUUAACUCCAGGACAUCGACUCAGUAUGACACUCAGGUAUUUGGCAACCGGAAAUGAUCUAUUCUCAAUUGCCACAGCGUAUCGGGUAGGAGAAUCGACGCUACGUAAAGUUAUUCAAGAAACGUGCAUAGCACUAAUCAAAGUAUUGGUUCACGAGUAUUUGAAGAGUCCUACUCGUGAGGACUGGAUUAGAAUAUCCGAAGGAUUUAGAGAUAUUUGGAACUUACCUAACUGUGCAGGAGCUAUAGACGGAAAGCACAUUACCAUAAAAGCGCCAGCAAACUCUGGUAGCUUAUUUUUUAAUUACAAAAAAACCUUCAGUACCGUUUUGAUGGCAAUUUGUGACCACGAGUACAAAUUCAGCUUGGUUGAUAUUGGAUCAUUUGGAAGUUGUAACGAUGCUGGAAUUUUCCAAGAAAGUUUAAUGCCGGAAGGAUUAUUUAAUGGUUUCUUGAAUUUACCCGACGAACAAUUUCAAAUUCCAAAUUCAAAUAUUACAACCCCAAUUUUUUUAGUUGGUGACAACAUUUUUCCCUUAUCAACCAAGCUGAUGAAGCCGUAUCCUGGUUCUUUUUUAAAUGAAGAACAAAAGGUUUUCAAUUAUCGCUUGUCACGUGCAAGAAGGAUUGUUGAAAACGCUUAG